AUGGCGAUCAAGCACAACCAGCAGCUGCCCAACAACCACUUCCGCAAGGACUGGCAGCGCCGAGUUCGCGUGCACUUCGACCAGCCGGGCCGCAAGUCUCGAAGACGGGCUGCUCGUCUGUCCAAGGCCGCUGCUGUCGCCCCUCGACCCGUCGACAAGCUCCGACCCGUCGUCCGAUGUCCUACCAUCAAGUACAACCGCCGUGCCAGGGCUGGUAGAGGUUUCACCUUGGUCGAGUUGAAGGAGGCUGGCAUCCCCCGCAAGCUGGCUCCCACGAUCGGCAUUGCCGUCGACUACCGCCGCCAAACGACUUCGCAAGAAUCGCUCGCCACAAACGUUGCCCGCCUCCAGGCCUACAAGGCACGCCUGAUCCUGUUCCCGCGGAAAUCCGGCCAGCACAAGAAACUCGACAGUUCGGCUGAAGAUGUCAAGUCGGUCGAAGACGAGAGCAAGACGAUCAAGAAGAUCGCCGCCUCCAUCCCCAUCGACAGUGGCGUCGGUGUGAAGCACGGUGUCAGCGAGAUCAGCAAGGGCGACCUGCCUAAGGGCGAGGAGAACGCAUUCCGCAAGUUGAGAUUGGCCAGAUCCGAUGCUAGAUUGGUCGGUGUUCGGGAGAAGAGAGCCAAGGCCAAGGCCGACGCCGAGGACGCAAAGAAGAAAUAG